CUUGAAUGGAGGUUAAAGCUGAAGUCGUAGAAAAAUUACAGAAGCUAAUUCAUAUGUACAAUCAGGCGAAGGAGCUGACUAAGAUUCAGCCUAAACUUAAAGAUGAAACAAAACUCCAAGAAUUUAAAGAAGAAGUGAAAGAAUUCAGCUUUGGAAUCAAUCAAACACCUGCACUCCCAGUUGAGCCAAAAGAAUUAACAAAAGCUGAAUUAAAAUAAGCUUGAUAGCUCGAUUCUCUACACAGAAGCAAACGAAGCCAUAAAGGAAGCUCAAAAACUCUCAAACAAAGUUGAAAGUGGAGAAAACAUCAUUUUCAAAGACUCUUUCUCCGAUCUAAAAUAGCGAGAUUACCCAGCGUAAAGAGAUUAAUCAAUGCCUUCAGAACAUAAUCAAGGACCUCCAGGACAAACUUGUUGAAAAAUAAGGACAAAACUAAUAAAUUAAAUGAGAAAAUCACCCAGAAGAAGCAAGAGAUCAAAGACCUUGAGGAAAACUUUGAGGAACUUAAAACUCGCAAGGAGAAUGAAAUCGCCCAAGAAGCCAGUAAAGCUCAUGUGAUGAAGCAAGAGAUCUUUAAAUUUAAGAGGAAGAUUGAUUUUAAAGACCAACAGAGCAGGCUUACGUAUUACCUCACAGAGAAACUCUCUGAGAAUACAGCAAGGAUCUAUAGUGAGCAAAGGAAGAAGGAAAUCACAGAACAGCUUAUUACAGAAGGAAUCGAGCUCCUUGAAGCAAAGAUUCAGGAAGAAGAGGACAAAUAUCAAAAUAUUGACUCUAUAGUGAACCCUGUACAACAGAGAAUUGAAGAGCUUUUACAGAAAGAAAGUGAGUUCAUGGAGCAAUACACUAAAGAACAUCAAGGCAUUGGGAGAAGUGACAGUGACACUGAGUAAAUAGUUCAAUUUCAAUAAAAGAUA